AUGAACCUUGUACGGUGGAUGUCUGCAUUCUUUCAAGGGAAGAACACGUCUGAAGAAACAUCACAGGAACGCCAAACAGAUAACUCCAAGUUCAAGUCUAUUCAGGGAGUUGUGACCUCUCUCUGUGAUGACUAUGGCUGGAUUAAUGAAACCAUAUUCUUCAAUACGAAUGUAAUCAGUGAUAACGCGCCUCUGGACAUCGGGACAAAUGUCCUUGCACUUGUGGAAAAAGAUGAUACGUCUUAUAACCUGAAAGCAAUCAAUGUGAAACCUAUAAAUGAUCUUCCUGACCGUAAUGAUCCAUCAAAACCUGGCAGAAGACUUUGUGUUAAAUGUGUCACCUCUGUAACUGAAGAUGAUCUUUAUAUCAGCAAAGACACGUUCUUCCCAUUAUACAUGUUUUCUGGAGCAUUCAGACCUUUCAAAGGAGACUUGCUGCUUGUUGAGUAUUCCAUGAACCCGGGCACUUCAAAUGUCAAUAUCCACUCUGUGAGCCCUCUCAACUGCCAGUACAUGGACAAGGUCUGUGUAACUAGCAUUGAUGGAAGAAAUGGCGUGGUGGAUGACAUCGUCUUUUUCACCCUGGAUUCUCUCCAUACUCACCGUGGAUAUACACCGGCUUUGUAUGACAUUGUGAACGCUACUGUGGUAGACAGCAUCCAAUCUCACUACACUCGUAGAGUGGUGGCUAUGAGUCCAGUGGAUGUGCUGUAUUAA